CAACGGAUUCCAUCCUUCUCAGCCAAAGCUAGCGAGUGCCGACGUUGGAACUUCGGCAGCCAUGGCGCCGAAGUUUGGGAAGGCGAGCCCAGUGCGGAAGGGCAACACAGCUCUCAGGGCAGCAGGCAAUGUCUCUUUGUCACCUGACCGGCGCGCCAGGAGCGAGUCGAAGCCCAAGAGCCCAUUGAGUCAGCUGUACGAGCAGAAGCCGUUUGGCUUUCAGCCCAGCACGCCCAGAAGUAUGUCGGCCAGCCAGACGGUGGCCAGCCUGAGCCAGGACACCCGGCUGCAGGAGAUGUCCAGCUACGUGAGCUCACGAGGUGGCUGCUUGCUUCCCGCACUGGGCCCAAAUCCCGGCUCGAGCUGGCGCGAGCCGCGCUGGCAGGAGGACUCUCUUUCGCCAACGGCAACGCUGUCGCCCAAGUCCCCGCAGCGCCGGCAAUCAGUCCGGGCCACGAGCCAAAGCUUCUUUCAGAGGAGUGCCCAAAAGACGCCCUCGCAGACGGCAAGACCUGGGGCCUUUGGUUAUGCGCCCGGCUACGAAACUCGCGAAGAGUGGCCCAUGCGUCGUGUGGAAAGCGCCGCCUCUUUGCGAGGGCGUGUGGCAGGCUUUGCUGGCAGCACAGGAGGCUCGCAAGCCUUCCAGCACCCCGAGCCUCACGUGCGCCGCAUCUCCACGCUCGUUGAGGAGACGGCGGAGCAGCGGCCAAGCACCCGCGAGAGGCUCCGUGAGCUGCGCUCCGAGGGGCUGCAGGUCCAGAACAAAGAGAGCCGUCGCCUGGCCAAGAUGACCGCCGCGGAUGGCGUGGAGGCGAUGUGCAAGAAGUCGGAGGCGCUGCCGGCGCUGCGGCAGACCUUCUCGAUGCCUGAGCUGCACAAGCCACAGGAGUCCGAGGCGUCCCAUCGCUACUUCUCGGACGUGGACCGCUGGCUGCGGCGCCUUGUGGUGGAUGUGAACAUCUCGCACAAAUCCUUGCCCUCGCCCACGGCGCGAAACCAGAUCGUCUCGCACAUGGAGAAGGUUCACCAGUGGUUCGACCGCAGCAAGCAAGUGGCCACCAACAUCCAUGAGCUCGCGGGUGCGGAGAAACCGCUGCCGGCGCCACCUUUGCAGCAGGCGGGCAUCUAUCUCCCCGAGGGUGCGCCGGCGCAACCGGGGUCCCUGUACUGGGAGAAGCCUUCUCCGAAGGUUUCAGCGAAGCGCAAGCAAGCAGAUGGCUUGCGGUCGCCAAAGUCGGAAGCAGCCAGCGAUGGCGCGGAAGGUUCCACCGAUGUGGGAGAUUUUGACCUCGUUGAUGACUGCGACGAGUACCUGCCUUGCAAAUCAGAUGGGAUCUUUCAAUCGCACAUAGUACCAAGCGCCAGCCAGGCGCUGUAUUUCAAUAUCGGCUUGUCACAUGAGUUGUAAGUUGCACCUGUGAGUGAAGGUCUUGAGGGGAGGGGACGUUUCUUUUAUCGCGCUGUGGCCAAGGUUGCUCGAAGCCCUUGAUUCGUGACAGACCUGGCCAUUUCCCUCACGUUUACGCUUCGAAGAAGUUCCCUCGUGAGGGUGGCUCAGUGAGGGCUCGCCUGCUCGCGACCUGGCAUGGGAAUUCGCGUGACUUGGUUUCACUUUGGCGCUUGGCUUUGUAGCGGACCUUUCGGGCUGCACUCAGUGCGUGAAAAGCAUAGUACUUGUGCCAAGGGAAACA